UCUUUACCUGGAUUGUUAUCAGUUCAGUAAUUAUAAGGUCUCUUGGCUCUGGAGCAGUUUGGAGUCUGGCUUGAAGUUCCCAAUUACUGCUUACGUUGGUAGUGUUGGUUAUGAAAAUGGGUGUUCUAUUUGAUUCGGUUAGAGGGAAUUAAUGUCGACCGUGAAAUGUGUGUCGCCGUGCUACUUGCUUAACUUUUAGUAACCAAGUCUAUUUUUCCUCGAGGAUUUCAAUAAAUUAUCAUGUCAGCUGUGGAUGAUACAGAAAAAUGUAGUUUUCUACGGUUGAUGCACUGUAAUAAUUUAAACUGAGACAUAACUUUGAAGACAGUCAUCCUCUUGAGAUUCACAUUCUCUUCAUGCUACUCUUUCUCUUAUUUUCGACAUCAGGCUAUGAACAAUGGAUAUAGAGCGCAUGCAGGUUCUGUUUCACCUGUGCGCCAUAGGAAUGCAGAUCAUCGGUAUAGUACUGAUUUUGAUCAUUCAGGUGGCCCGCCACGUAGUCAUGGAUUUGGUAGCGGUAGAGAUCCUGGUAGACAUCGAGACUAUUCCCCCCCUUAUGGUCGCGGGAGACAUGCUGGCAGGUUUGUUGGCAGAAGUUAUGAUGGACCUGGUUAUGGUGGACGGCAAGUUAGAGGAGAAGGUCUGCCUAGAAGCAAUCCAAAUGUACGGCCAAGAGAUGGUGAUUGGAUGUGCACGGAUCCCUUGUGUAACAACUUGAACUUUGCAAGACGAGAGAACUGUAACAAGUGCAAAAGGCCUCGAUAUGCACCUCCAGGAAGUCCUCGGAGGGGUUAUCCCAGCCCACCUCCCCAUCAUCGCAAUCCUGGCCCCCCAAUCAACCGUUCUCCAGGAAGGUUUGUGAAUGGGUAUAGGUCCCCUCCUCGCGGCUGGGCUAGAGAUGACCCCCGAGAUUUCAGAGCUGGUGUUCCUCAUUCAAGAUUUGAAGGGAGGUUUGCAGAUCCUCCAAUCCGUAGAGAUAGGCCUGCUUUUGCUGAUGCUGAUGGUAGGGAUCGAAGUAGGUUUGAGCGGCCUCCAGCCCUGGAUUGGGGACAUAGAGAGCGCGGGAGAGACAGCUAUUUGAGUGAGAGAAAAGGUUAUGAAAGGCGAACACCAUCUCCACCUCAUCCACCAGUACUACCACCUCGUGGCCAAUGGCCACGUGAUACCAGGGAAAGAAGCCGUUCUCCAGUGAGAGGUGGACCACCGCCCAAAGACUAUCGCCGUGAUGUAUACAUGGGAAGGGGGCGAGAUGAUCGGAGGGUUGGACGAGGUGCAUAUUAGCUGGUGUUGAAAUGAUUAUAAUUGUUGAACUGUGUUUACUGGUUAGCGAAGGUAAAGCGACAAAUAUUUUCCUAGAACUAGUAUUAUCCAAGCACAUAUUUUCUAUCAAGUUAAGAAUCUGUUUAUGUAACUUUUAAUUGUGCAGGCAUUUGCAAUUGCUGUACCAGAAAUAGAUUUUUGGGAAUUCCCUUUGACUCAAACAUAUUAUCCUCAUUUCUCAGCA